CAAGAUAACGCGGCAUUGUUAGCCUCCUUACUAACAUUAACGUUGGCUGCACUGUUGUAUUCUAGCGGGAAACGUAUUCGUUUUGUUUUGUCCACGGCGUUUAUUUAUGUAUUUGGUGUUAGGUUAGGAUUGUUGAAUGUUGGUUCUAUUGUACUUAGUUGUAGACCAGUUCAUGUUACCUUGUAAAAAAAAUGCCUAGAACAAAACAAGUAAGAAAAAAAUCAUCUUUAAAGAGACAUAAGCAAAGCACUUCUGUUAGUGGAACCCUCUUUUCUAACUCUUCAAGUUUAAAGAACUCUUCAACUCUGUUAUCUGACGAUUAUGACUCAACAGAACAUCUAAUAAGAAAUUUUAAUGUUUAUUAUAAUGAAAAAAUCAAAGAAUAUCAACAAGGGUACGAGAAAGCCUGUAAGCUUGUUAAACAGAUGUUUAUUGACAAUCUGUGUAAUCUACCAGAGUCAAUAAAAACAUUGAAUGUAAACAAUGAUGUUGAGGAGGAAAGUUUGAGUUCAUCGGCUUUAGUCGUAAAUCAAAACAAAGAUACAAAUAAUGUCAUUGUUCCUAAAACUCGACAAUCAAGAGCCCGCAAACCUGCUAAAUUGAGUGAUUUCAAAAAGCCUAAAACACCAAAAUUAAGAACCAGCCGGAAACGUUCAGUAUCAGUACCGAGAACUCCAGGACCUUCUUCUGAUUGCUUUAAGACGCCUGUGAUGAGUAGCAGAAAACUUAUGACAUCUGGCAUGACCAUUGCUCCCAAGAUCAGUGAUCGACCAAUGUGUGUUCUGAGACGACCAGUUCACGGAGAGAUGGCCAUAUCCAUGUCUGGCAGUCCUCUCAUGGUGGGAGCCUUCUCCACUGAGGACAUCCCAACUGUCAACGUGCCAUUGCAGGAUGGAAGGAUAAUUUCAAUUGUGCCUGAAGCAGGAGCACCUCCACCUGAUAUUCCAAUCUUCGAUGAAACAACAAAGAAGUACUUGAAAACUCUUCGUGCUCAUUUAGAAAUUCUUGCUCCCAACAGCCCUUGACAUAAAACAGUGAAAUAAAUAUAAAAUUAUUUCUCUUUUGACAUACUUUGUAGAAAUAACAAAGAAGAAUAUUUUAAAUAAAACAAAUAAUGUUUAACAUUUUGAA